UCAUGCUGGUCCUCCCCUUCUCCUCCCCCGGCUAGCUUCAGUCUCCCUCCUCCUCACUGUCGCUGCCCAGAUCGACGGUCGGGUCGCGGCUCAGUGAGCCCCUGCUGCAGGGAACGAGCAAGGGGAUAUACCAGGAGCUCAGGGCUGCCAAGGGGCAUCCACCCACCCUUCCCUGAGAACCCCCUUCCCAAGUUCGGGACAGAGCAGGUACAGACACACUGAAGCUGCUGGUUACUCAGCCUCCGGAAAGAUGCCCACCCAGUGUUCCCUAACCUCCAACCUGGCCCUUCUGAUGCUGCUGGGCACUGUCACAGCAGGCCCUUUCUCUCCACGUUCCAACAUGACACUCCCAGCCCCACGGCCCCCUCCCCAGCCCGGGGGCCGUACAGUGCAGCCAGAAGGGGGAGGCCCUUCUUCUCGGCUCUACGAGCACACCGUGGAAGGAGGGGAGAAGCAGGUGGUGUUCACCCACCGCAUUAACCUGCCCCCUUCAGCUGGCUGUGGCUGUCCCCCAGGCACUGAGCCCCCUGUCCCUGCUUCAGAGGUGCAGGCCCUGAGGGUCCGAUUGGAGAUCCUGGAGGAGCUGGUGAAGGGGCUCAAGGAACAGUGCACUGGCGGGUGUUGUCCUCCGGCUGCCCAGGCUGGCACAGGCCAGACCGACAUUCGAAGCCUCUGCAGUCUCCAUGGCGUGUUUGACCUGAGCCGCUGUGCCUGCUCUUGCGAGCCAGGCUGGGGUGGCCCCACCUGCUCAGAUCCUGAAGGUGCAGAGGGACCCCCCUCCUCACCACCCUCUGCCCCCGGUUCCUGCCCAGAUGACUGCAAUGAUCAGGGUCGCUGCGUCCGUGGUCGCUGCGUGUGCUUCCCUGGCUACACAGGGCCCAGUUGUAGCUGGCCCUCCUGCCCCGGGGACUGCCACGGCCGCGGGCGCUGCGUGCAGGGUGUGUGCGUGUGCCGCUCGGGCUUCUCCGGGGACGACUGCAGUGUGCGCUCCUGCCCUCGCGGCUGCAGCCAGAGGGGACGCUGCGAGGACGGGCGCUGCGUGUGCAACCCCGGUUACACUGGCGACGACUGUGGGGUGAGGAGCUGCCCCCGAGACUGUAGCCAGAGAGGACGCUGCGAGAAUGGGCGCUGCGUGUGCAACCCCGGUUACACUGGCGACGACUGUGGGGUGAGGAGCUGUCCCCGAGGCUGCAGCCAGAAGGGGCGCUGCGAGGACGGGCGCUGCGUCUGUGACCCGGGCUACACUGGCGACGACUGCGGCUCGCGGACCUGCCCGUGGGACUGUGGCGAGGGCGGGCGCUGUGUGGACGGCCGCUGCGUGUGCUGGCCCGGGUACGCGGGCGAGGACUGCAGCUCGCGGACCUGUCCCCGAGACUGUCGGGGCCGAGGGCGUUGCGAGGAUGGCGAAUGCAUCUGCGACCCGGGGUACAGCGGGGACGACUGCGGCGUGCGCAGCUGCCCGAGCGACUGCAACCAAAGGGGCCGCUGCGAGGACGGCCGCUGCGUGUGCUGGCCCGGGUACUCGGGGCCCGACUGCGGCGCGCGCGCCUGCCCUCGCGACUGUCGGGGCCGCGGGCGCUGCGAGAACGGCGUAUGCGUGUGCCACGCGGGCUACAGUGGCGAGGACUGCGGCGUGCGCAGCUGUCCCGGGGACUGUCGCGGCCGGGGCCGUUGCGAGAGUGGCCGCUGCGUGUGUUGGCCCGGGUACACAGGCCGGGACUGCGGUACGCGUGCCUGCCCUGGCGACUGUCGCGGGCGCGGGCGCUGCGUAGACGGCCGCUGCGUGUGCAACCCGGGCUUCGCAGGAGAGGACUGCGGGAGCCGUCGGUGUCCCGGGGACUGUCGCGGUCGCGGCCGCUGCGAAGAUGGCGUGUGCUCGUGCGACGUGGGCUACGAGGGCGAAGACUGCGGCAAGCGCAGCUGCCCCAGGGGUUGCCAAGGCCGCGGCCAGUGCCUGGAGGGGCGCUGCGUGUGCGACGACGGCUACGAGGGUGAGGACUGCGGCGUGAGACGGUGCCCGCGCGACUGCAACCAGCGCGGCGUGUGCCAGGACGGUGUGUGCACCUGUUGGGAGGGCUUCGCGGGCGAGGACUGCGGCCUCCGUGUCUGCCCUUCCAACUGUCACCGGCGCGGCCGCUGUGAGAACGGGCGCUGCGUGUGCGACUCGGGCUACACAGGCCCCUCCUGCGCCACCCGCACCUGCCCGGCCGACUGCCGGGGCCGUGGUCGCUGUGUGCAGGGCGUGUGUGUGUGCCACGUGGGCUACAGCGGCGAGGACUGUGGGCAGGAAGAGCCUCCUGCCAGCGCCUGCCCCGGGGGCUGCGGGCCACGGGAACUGUGCAGCGCAGGCCAGUGUGUCUGCGUCGAGGGCUUCCGGGGGCCUGACUGUGCCAUCCAGACGUGCCCUGGGGACUGCCGCGGCCGGGGAGAGUGUCGUGAGGGCAGCUGCGUCUGCCAAGACGGCUAUGCAGGGGAGGACUGCGGGGAAGAGGUGCCGGCCAUAGAGGGCAUGAGGAUGCACCUGCUGGAGGAGACGACGGUUCGGACAGAGUGGACCCGGGCUCCCGGCAAUGUGGAUGCCUAUGAAAUCCAGUUCAUCCCAACGACAGAGGGGGCGAGCCCCCCAUUCACAGCACGGGUGCCCAGCUCUGCCUCAGCCUAUGACCAGAGAGGAUUAGCCCCUGGUCAGGAGUACCAGGUCACUGUCCGUGCCCUUCGAGGGACUAACUGGGGCCUUCCUGCCUCCAAGACCAUCACCACCAUGAUUGACGGCCCCCAGGACCUCCGCGUGGUGGCUGUGGCACCAACCACACUGGAGCUCAACUGGCUGCGCCCCCAGGCUGAAGUGGACCGGUUUGUGGUGUCCUACGUCAGCGCUGGCAACCAAAGGGUGCGGCUGGAAGUGCCCUCUGAGGCAGACGGGACGCUGCUGACCGGCCUGAUGCCAGGUGUAGAAUACGUGGUGACCGUCACUGCCGAGCGGGGCCGGGCAGUAAGCUACCCAGCUUCCAUCAGGGCCAACACAGCACCAGGCCACUACAGUUACCCGGAGGCGCACCCCCCAGCCCCGCCCCCCAAGCCCCGGUCCCGGCCAGCCCCAGCCCCGAGGCCCCCGCGGCCCGCGCGCCCGGCGCCGCCCCCUCGGCCCUCGCGGCCCGCGGAGCAGGGUGAGGCGGAGUCUCCGCCGCGGCCGAGCCCGCCCCAGCCCCCUCGGCGGGCGUGGGGCAACCUGACCGCCGAGCUGGGCCGCUUCCGCGGCACGGUGCAGGACCUGGAGCGUCACCUGCGGGUUCACGGCUACCCACUGCGAGCCAACCAGACCUACACGUCGGUGGCGCACCACAUCCACGAAUACUUGCAGCGGCGUCGCUCCCCUGCACCCCCGCCCAGUCGCCCCGACCCCACCGCCAGCCCCGACUCGGGCACCUGGAAGCGGAACUCCAACCAGGGCAUCUACGGCCUCUCGCCCGAAGGCGUCGACCGGGUGGCGACGCCCCGCCACCCCAAGCCCGAGGUGCUGGGCACUUCCGCCGACGGCGCGCUCCUCGUGUCGCUCGACGGGCUCCGCGGCCACUUCGAGCGCGUGGUGCUGCGCUGGCGGCCGCAGCCGCCCGCGGAGGGGCCCGCCGGGGAGCUGACCGUGCCGGGCACCGCGCGCACCGUCAGUCUGCCCGAUCUCAAGCCCGGCACCACCUACCACGUGGAGGUCCACGGGGUGCGGGCAGGGCAGACCUCCAAGUCCUACGCCUUCAUCACCACCACAGGGUCCUCCCUCUCAGGCCUCUUGGGGGCCACUGAUGAGCCUCCUCCCUCAGGCCCUUCAACGACUCAAGGGGCUCAGGCCCCUGUCCUGCAGCAGCGCCCCCAGGAGCUGGCCGAGUUGAGGGUGCUGGGCAAAGACAAGACAGGGCGCCUCCGAGUGGCCUGGACCGCCCAGCCUGACACCUUUACCCACUUCCAGCUGCGCCUACGGGUGCCCGAAGGGCCAGGGGCCCAUGAGGAGCUACUGCCAGGGGAUGUCCGUCAGGCUCUGGUGCCCUCACCCCCUCCCGAAUCCCCCUACGAGCUGUCACUUCGUGGGAUCCCACCCGGUGGCGAGCCCUCUGCCCCUCUCAUCUACCAAGGCAUUAUCGAUAAGGAUGGGGAGAAACCUGGGAAACCCUUGGCCCCACCUCGCCUGGGCAAGCUGACAGUGACAGACGUGACCUCGGACUCCCUGCUUCUGCACUGGACAGUCCCUGAGGGCGAGUUCGAUUCCUUCGUGAUCCAGUACAAAGACAGGGACAGGCCCCAGGUGGUGCCUGUAGAGGGGCCCCAGCGCUCAGCCCUCAUCUCCAACCUGGACGUCGGCCGCAAGUACAAAUUUGUCCUAUACGGGCUCGUGGGCAAGAAGAGGCACGGCCCCCUGGUGGCUGAAGCCAAGAUCUUGUCUCAGACUGAUCCCAGCCCAGUGACUCCACCCCGCCUGGGGAAGCUGUGGGUAACUGAUCCCACCCCAGACUCACUGCACCUCUCCUGGACUGUCCCUGAGGGCCAGUUUGACUCCUUCAUGGUCCAGUACAGGGACAAGGCCGGCCGGCCACAGGUGGUGCCCGUGGAAGGGCCCGAGCGCUCGGUCACUAUCUCCCCGCUGGACCCUGACCACAAGUACAGAUUCACUCUGUUUGGGAUUGCCAACAAGAAGCGGCACGGCCCCCUCACGGCUGAUGGCACCACCGCCCCAGAGAAGAAAGAGGAGCCCCACCACCCAGAGCCCCCAGAGCGGCCCCUGCUGGGGGAGCUGACAGUGGCUGGCGCCACUGCAGACUCCCUGCGCCUCUCCUGGACAGUGGCCCAGGGCUCCUUCGACUCCUUCGUGGUCCAGUACAAGGAUGCCCAGGGGCGGCCCCAAGCAGUGCCCGUCAGGGGUGAUGAGAAUGAGGUCGCCAUCCCUGGCCUGGAGCCCGACCGGAAGUAUAAGAUGAACCUCUACGGGCUUCAUGGCAGGCAUCGCGUGGGGCCCGUGUCCGCGGUGGCCACCACAGCCCCCCAGGAAGUCCUGGAUGAGACCCCCAGUGCCACAGAGAUGGAGGAGACCCCCAGCCCCACAGAACCCAGCACAAAGGCCCCAGAGUCCCCUGAGAAGCCCCUUCUGGGGGAGCUGAUGGUGACAGGAUCCUCCCCGGACUCGCUGAGCCUCUCCUGGACCGUCCCCCAGGGCCACUUCGACUCCUUCACUGUCCAGUACAGAGACGGGGACGGGCAACCCAGGGUGAUGAGGGUGCCAGGGGAUGAGGACGGGAUCACCAUCUCGGGCCUGGAGCCAGACCACAAGUACAAGAUGAACCUGUAUGGCUUCCACGACCGCCAGCGUGUAGGCCCCAUGUCUGUCAUCGGGGUGACCACUGCAGAGGAGGAGACCCCCAGCCCCACAGAGAUGGAGGAGACCCCCAGCCCCACAGAGAUGGAGGAGACCCCCAGCCCCAUGGAACCCAGCACAGAGGCCCCAGAGCCCCCCGAGGAGCCCCUCCUGGGGGAGCUGACGGUGACAGGAUCCUCCCUGGACUCGCUGAGCCUCUCCUGGACUGUCCCCCAGGGCCACUUCGACUCCUUCACCGUCCAGUACAAGGGCAGGGACGGGCCCCAGGUGGUGCGUGUUGGGGGCGAGGAGACUGAGGUGACCAUUGGGGGCCUGGAACCCGGACGCAAGUACAAGAUGAACCUGUACGGCCUGCACGGGGGGCAGCGUGCGGGCCCCGCGUCCACCGUGGGCAUGACCGCUCCACAAGCAGAAGAGACUCCUCCAGCCACCGAGCCCCCCAAAGAACCACGCCUCGGGGAGCUGACAGUAACAGAUGUGACCCCCAACUCCGUGGGCCUCGCGUGGACAGUCCCUGAGGGCCAGUUUGACUCUUUCAUGGUCCAGUACAAGGACAGGGACGGGAAGCCCCACGUGGUCCCUGUGGCCGCAGACCAGCGAGAGGCCACUGUCUCCGGGCUGGAGCCUGAGCGCAAAUACAGGAUGAACGUGUACGGGCUACAUGGUGGGCAGCGUGUGGGCCCCCUUUCCGUGGUGGCCCUGACCGCUCCCGUCCCCCCAGCCCCAGUCACAGAGCCCCCCGUGGAGCCACGCCUGGGGGAGCUGAUGGUGACGGAUGUGACCCCGGACUCCGUGGGCCUCUCCUGGACCGUCCCCAAGGGCGAAUUCGACUCCUUCUUGGUCCAGUACAAGGACAGGGACGGGCAGCCCCAGGUGGUGCCUGUGGCCACUGACCAGCGCGAGGUCACCAUCCCCGGCCUGGAGCCCAGUAGGAAAUACAAGUUCCUGCUCUUUGGGAUCCAAGAUGGGAAACGUCGCAGCGCAGUCUCUGUGGAGGCAAAGACAGUUGGCCGAGGUGACGCCAGCCCAGGAGCCCCACCCCGCCUUGGGGAGCUGUGGGUGACAGACCCCACCCCAGACUCACUGCGCCUCUCCUGGACGGUCCCUGAAGGCCACUUCGACUCCUUUGUGGUCCAGUUCAAGGACAGGGAUGGGCCCCGCGUGGUGUCCGUGGAGGGCCAUGAGCGCUCGGUCACCAUUAGCCCUCUGGACUCCGGCCGCAAGUACAGAUUCCUAGUCUACGGUCUCCUGGGCAAGAGGCGCCAUGGCCCCCUCACCACCGAGGGCACCACAGAGACCCGCAGAGCUGUGGAUGAGGCUGGAACAAAGCGUCCCUCAAAACCACGUCUGGGGGAGGAGCUGCACGUGACCGGUGUGACAUCAGACUCCGUGGGCCUCUCGUGGACGGUCCCUGAGGGCCACUUUGACUCCUUUGUGAUCCAGUACAGGGACAGAGACGGGCAACCACAGGUGGUGCCCGUGGAGGGCAGCCGCAGGGAGGUCAGUGUCUCGGGCCUGGACCCUGCCCGCAGGUACAAGCUGCUGCUCUACGGGCUGUCCAGGGACAAGCGAGUGGGUCCCAUCUCUGCCAUCGCCGUGACCGAACCAGCCCCCAGGGAAGAAAUCAAAGCAGAGCCCGCAACCUUUAGUCCUCCAGCAUCUGAGCCCCGUCUGGGGGAGGUGACUCUGGAGGAGGCCGCCCCACACAGCCUGCAUCUCUCCUGGACGGCAACUGAGGGAGAAUUUGACUCCUUCGAGGUCCAAUACACAGACGAGAAUGGGCAACUCCAAGAAGUUAAUGUAGGGGGCGACCAGCAUGACAUCACCAUCUCUGACCUGGAAUCUGACCACAGAUACCUGGUGAGCCUGUACGGUUUCCACGACGGGCAACGUGUUGGUCCUGCCCACAUCGAGGCCAUGACAGCCCCAAGAGAGGAGGAUGAUGAACCUUCAGAAUCUCCCUCUACCACCCAAACCCCGUCCACCUCGGUCCCUGAGCCUCCCAUCAAGCCACGCCUGGGGGAGCUGACUGUGACAGACGCCACCCCCGACUCCCUGAGCCUCUCCUGGACCGUCCCCGAGGGCCAGUUCGACCACUUCCUGAUCCAGUACAAGAACGGGGAUGGGCAACCCAAGGUGGUGAGGGUCCCUGGGGAUGAGGACGAGGUCACCAUCUCGGGCCUGGAGCCAGACCACAAGUACAAGAUGAACCUGUACGGCUUCCACGACCGCCAGCGCAUGGGCCCCGUCUCUGUCAUCGGGGUGACCACUGCAGAGGAAGAGACCCCCAGCCCCACAGAGAUGGAGGAGACCCCCAGCCCCACAGAGAUGGAGGAGACCCCCAGUCCCACAGAACCCAACACAGAGGUCCCGGAGCCCCCUGAGGAGCCCUUCCUGGAGGAGCUGACAGUGACGGGAUCCUCCCCAGACUCGCUGAGCCUCUCCUGGACCGUCCCCCAGGGCCACUUUGACUCCUUCACCGUCCAGUACAAGAACGGGGAUGGGCAGCCUAAGGUGGUGAGGGUGCCGGGGCAUGACAAAGGGGUCACCAUCUCGGGCCUGGAGCCAGACCACAAGUACAAGAUGAACCUGUACGGCUUCCACGACCGCCAGCGUGUGGGCCCCGUCUCUGUCAUCGGGGUGACCACUGCAGAAGAGACCCCCAGCCCCACAGAGGUGGAGGAGACCCCCAGCCCCACAGAACCCAGAACAGAGGCCCCGGAGCCCCCUGAGGAGCCCGUCCUGGGGGAGCUGAUGGUGACAGGAUCCUCCCCGGACUCGCUGAGCCUCUCCUGGACCGUCCCCCAGGGCCACUUCGACUCCUUCACUGUCCAGUACAAGGGCAGGGACGGGCCCCAGGUGGUGCGUGUCGGGGGUGAGGAGACCGAGGUGACCGUUGGGGACCUGGAGCCUGGACACAAGUAUAAGAUGAACCUGUACGGCCUGCACGGGGGCCGGCGCGUGGGCCCUGUGUCCACUGUAGCCAUGACCGCCCGGGAAGAGGAGCCCCCUGCUAGCCCUCCUUUGAAGCCACAGCUGGGGGAGCUGACUGUGACAGACGCCACCCCCGACUCCCUGAGCCUCUCCUGGACCGUCCCCGAGGGCCAGUUCGACCACUUCCUAGUCCAAUACAAGAACGGGGAUGGGCAGCCCAAGGCAGUAAGGGUGCCUGGGGACGAGGACGGGGUCACCAUCUCGGGCCUGGAGCCAGACCACAAGUACAAGAUGAACCUGUAUGGCUUCCACGACCGCCAGCGCGUGGGCCCUAUCUCCACUGUCGGUUUAACUGCCUCAGAAAAAGACCAAGAAAUGACUCCAGCCCCAACAGACCUGCCCACUGCAGCUCCUGAGCCUCCCAUCAAGUCCCGCUUGGGGGAGCUGGCGGUGACAGACGCCACCCCCGACUCCCUGAGCCUCUCCUGGACCGUCCCUGAAGGCCAGUUCGACCACUUCCUGAUCCAGUACAAGAACGGGGACGGGCAACCCAAGGUGGUGAGGGUCCCUGGGGACGAGGACGAGGUCACCAUCUCGGGCCUGGAGCCAGACCACAAGUACAAGAUGAACCUGUAUGGCUUCCAUGACCGCCAGCGUGUGGGCCCCAUCUCUGUCAUCGGGGUGACCACUGCAGAGGAAGAGACCCCCAGCCCCACAGAGAUGGAGGAGACCCCCAGCCCCACAGAGGUGGAGGAGACCCCCGGCCCCACAGAGAUGGAGGAGACCCCCAGCCCCACAGAACCCAGCACAGAGGGCCCGGAGCCCCCUGAGGAGCCCCUCCUGGGGGAGCUGACGGUGACAGGAUCCUCCCCAGACUCGCUGAGCCUCUCCUGGACUGUCCCCCAGGGCCACUUCGAUUCCUUUACUAUCCAGCACAAGGGCAGGGAUGGGCCCCAGGUGGUGCGUGUCAGGGGUGAGGAGACUGAGGUGACCGUUGGGGGCCUGGAGCCUGGACGCAAGUACAAGAUGAACCUGUAUGGCCUGCACAGGGGGCGGCGCGUGGGCCCCGUGUCCACUGUGGGCGUGACCGACCCUCAGGAGGUUGUGGAAGAGACCCCCAGCCCCACAGAGCCCAGCACAGAGGCCCCAGAGCCCCCCGAGGAGCCCCUCCUGGGGGACCUGACGGUGACGGGAUCCUCCCCGGAUUCGCUGAGCCUCUCCUGGACCGUCCCCCAGGGCCACUUCGAUUCCUUCACCGUCCAGUACAAGGGCAGGGACGGGCCCCAGGUGGUGCGUGUUGGGGGCGAGGAGACUGAGGUGACCAUUGGGGGCCUGGAGCCCAGACACAAGUACAAGAUGAACCUGUACGGCCUGCACAAGGGGCAGCGCGUGGGCCCCGUGUCCACCGUGGGUGUGACAGCUCCAGACUACGAUGCCAUGACCACCCAAACCCCGUCCACCGCGGUCCCCGAGCCUCCCACCAAGCCCCGCCUGGGGGAGGUGACCGUGACAGAUGCCACCCCCGACUCUCUGAGCCUCUCCUGGACCGUCCCUGAGGGCCAGUUCGACCACUUCCUGGUCCAGUAUAAGAAUGGGGACGGGCAGCCCAAGGCAGUGAGGGUGCCCGGGGAUGAGGACGGGGUCACCAUCUCGGGCCUGGAGCCAGACCACAAGUACAAGAUGAACCUGUAUGGCUUCCAUGACCGCCAGCGUGUGGGCCCCAUCUCUGUCAUCGGGGUGACCACUGCAGAGGAAGAGACCCCCAGCCCCACAGAGAUGGAGGAGACCCCCAGCCCCACAGAGAUGGAGGAGACCCCCAGUCCCACAGAGAUGGAGGAGACUCCCAGCCCCACAGAACCCAGCACAGAGGCCCUGGAGCCCCCCGAGGAGCCCCUCCUGGGGGACCUGACGGUGACAGGAUCCUCCCCAGACUCGCUGAGCCUCUCCUGGACCAUCCCCCAGGGCCACUUCGACUCCUUCACUGUCCAGUACAAGGGCAGGGACGGGCCCCAGGUGGUGCGUGUCGGGGGCGAGGAGACUGAAGUGACCGUUGGGGGCCUGGAGCCUGGACGCAAGUACAAGAUGCACCUGUAUGGCCUGCACGGGGGGCAGCGCAUGGGCCCUGUGUCCACCGUGGGCAUGACCGCCUCCCUGACUACGGAGCGCCCCCUGGCACCCCGCCUAGGGGAGCUGGCGGUCGCGGUCAUGACCUCGGACACAGCGCGUCUCUUGUGGACGGUGGAGCAGGGGCCCUUUGACUCCUUCCUGGUCCAGUACAAGGAUGUACAGGGGCAGCCCCAGGCAGUGCCUGUGGCUGGAGACCUCCGAGAGGUCACAGUUUCGAGUCUGGCCCCCGGCCGCAAGUACAAGUUCCUCCUGUUUGGACUCCGGGAUGAGAAACGACACGGCCCAGUCUCUGCAGACGCAAAGACUCUCCAAGACACAAAACCUGCUCCCCGCCUGGGGGAGCUGACGGUGACGGAUGUGACCCCAGACUCCGUGGGCGUCUCCUGGACAGUCCCCGAGGGUGAAUUCGACUCCUUCGUGGUCCAGUACAAGGACAGGGACGGGCAGCCCCGCGUGGUGCCUGUGGCCGCCGACCAGCGCGAGGUCACCGUCCCCGGCCUGGAGCCCAAUAGGAAAUACAAGUUCCUGCUCUAUGGGCUGGUAGGCAGGAAACGACUGGGCCCCAUCUCCGCUGAAGGCAGCACAGCCCCCAUGGAGAAGGAACAACAGCCCACACCCCACCUGGGGGAGCUGACAGUGACGGAUGAGACCCCAAACUCCCUGCGCCUCUCAUGGACGGUGGCCCGGGGCCCCUUUGACUCCUUCAUGGUCCAGUACAGGGGCACAGACGGGCAGCCCCGGAUGGUGCCUGUGGCCGCAGACCAGAGGGGGUUCACCGUAGAGGGCCUGGAACCUGGCAGGAAAUACAAGUUUCUGCUCUACGGGCUCCUCCGAGGACAGCGCCUGGGCCCCGCCUCUGUCCUGGGAAUGACAGCCCCAGAAGAGGACACACCAGCACCCUGGCACGCAGCCACGGAAGCCCCCAAGCCCCCUGAAGGGCCCCGCCUAGGGGUGCUGGCAGUGAGGGACGUGUCCCCGGACUCCCUGCGCCUCUCCUGGAGCGUGGUCCAGGGCCCCUUUGACUCCUUCGUGGUCCAGUAUCAGGACACAGAUGGGCAGCCCCAGGCCUUGCUCGUGGGGGGCAACCAGAACAAGGUCCUCGUGUCAGGCCUGGAGCCCAGCACCUCCUACGAGUUCUUCCUCUACGGCCUCCACGAAGGGAAGCGCCUGGGGCCCGUCUCAGCUGAGGGCACCACAGGGCCAGUUCCUGCGGGUCAGACACCCGGAGAGCCAGGGCCCAGGCUGUCUCACCUGUCGGUGACUGAUGUGACCACGAGUUCACUGAGGCUCAACUGGGAGGCCCCACCCGAGGCCUUUGACUCCUUCCUGCUCCGCUUUGGAGUACCAUCUCCAAGCACCCUGGAACCACAGCUACGUCCCCUGCUGCAGCGGGAGCUGACGGUGCCAGGGACACGGCGCUCGGCCGUGCUGCGGGACCUGCAUCCAGGGACCCUGUACACCCUUACAUUGUACGGGCUGCGUGGGCCCCACAAGGCCGACAGCAUCCAGGGCACAGCCCGGACCCUCAGCCCAGUUCUAGAGAGCCCCCGUGACCUCCAAUUCAGCGACAUCAGGGAGACCUCAGCCAGGGUCAGCUGGACGCCCCCGACAUCCAGGGUGGAUGGCUUCAAAGUUUCCUACCAACUGGCAGAUGGAGGGGAGCCACAGAGUGUGCUGGUGGAUGGCCGGACCCAGAAACUCGAGGGGCUGAUCCCAGGAGCUCAAUACGAGGUGACUGUGGUCUCCGUCCGUGGCUUUGAGGAGAGUGAGCCUCUCACAGGCUUCCUGACCACAGUUCCUGAUGGCCCCACCCAGCUGCGGGCACUGAACCUGACUGAUGAAUCCGCCCUGCUGCACUGGAAGCCCCCCCAGACCCCGGUGGAUACCUAUGAUGUCAAGGUCACAGCCCCAGGGGCCCCUUCCCUCCAGGCUUCAGCCCCUGGCAGCGCCAUGGACUACCCCCUGCAGGGCCUGGUGACCCACACCAACUACACAGCAACCUUGCGUGGCCUUCGGGGCCCCAACUUCACCUCCCCAGCCAGCAUCACCUUCACCACAGGGUUGGAGGCACCCCAGGACUUGGAGGCCAAGGAAGUGACCCCCCGCACAGCCCUGCUCACUUGGACGGCACCCGAAGUCUCCCCAACUGGUUACCUGCUCAGCUUCAACACCCCAGGGGGACAGACCCAGGAGAUCCUGCUCCCAGGAGGGGUCACCUCUCACCAGCUCCGCGGCCUCUUUCCCUCCACCCCCUACAGCACAUGGCUCCGGGCCAUGUGGGGUGACAGCUUCACUCCCCCUGUGUCCACUUCCUUCACCACUGGUGGGCUGCGGAUCCCCUUCCCCCGGGACUGUGGGGAGGAGAUGCAGAACGGGGUCAGCACAUCAAGGACCACCACCAUCUUCCUCAAUGGCAACCGCGAGCGACCCCUGAACGUGUUUUGUGACAUGGAGACCGAUGGGGGUGGCUGGCUGGUAUUCCAGCGCCGCAUGGAUGGAAAAACAGACUUCUGGAGGGACUGGGAGGACUACGCCCAUGGUUUUGGGAACAUCUCUGGGGAGUUCUGGCUGGGCAAUGAGGCCCUGCACAGCCUGACCAAAGCUGGUGACUACUCCUUGCGCGUGGACCUGCGGGCUGGGGACGAGGCUGUGUUUGCCCAGUACGACUCCUUCCAAGUGGACUCUGCCGAUGAGUACUACCGCCUCCACCUGGAAGGCUACCAUGGCACCGCAGGGGACUCCAUGAGCUACCACAGUGGCAGUGUCUUCUCUGCCCGGGACCGAGACCCCAACAACUUGCUCAUCUCCUGUGCCGUCUCUUACCGAGGGGCCUGGUGGUACAGGAACUGCCACUAUGCCAACCUCAACGGGCUUUAUGGGAGCACAGUGGACCACCAGGGAGUGAGCUGGUACUACUGGAAGGGCUUCGAUUUCUCAGUGCCCUUCACGGAAAUGAAGCUGAGACCAAGAAGCUACCGGCCCCCUGGCAGGGGAGGCUGAGCCGCCCGCUCACCCUUCCAGCGCCCCACAAUGACUGCCGAGCACUGAGGGGUUGCGCCGAGAGAAGAGCCAGGGGCCACCUUGACCAUCAAGCCACCAGCGGAAGCCUUCUCCACCCGCGAUCUCACAGCACCAUGUUUACAGGGGGGAGGGCAAGGGUUUGUACGGGAGCAAUAAAAGAAGACACCGAGGCACGUGA